AAAGCUAACUGGUGUCCUGCUUGAGAAGUCAUCUCUCCAAGUCUCAAGUACCUCUCUGCAGGCCUGCAUUGGACAGAUACUUUUAAGAACUUUCUUACUGGGGACAAUGUCUUACAUAUUUCAGUUAUUACUGCUAUUACAGUCUUUACUGUCUGGUCAACCAGAAAGUGAAUCACGGAUUAUUGGAGGCUAUGUAACAAAACCUUCGUCGGUGACAUAUAUAGUAUCACUAAAGACAACCUCAGGAAAACACUUUUGUGGUGGGUCUUUAAUUAGCCGUUGCUGGGUUUUGACAGCAGCACACUGCUUAACUGAUGCUAAGCAAACAAUGAUUGUUGCUGGAGAAUAUUCCCUUUCCACUUUUGAAGGCACAGAACAAUUUUUCAAGACAUCAAGGAUAUUUGUACAUCCAGAUUACAACUCUUCAAACAAAAAUGCUGAUAUCAUGUUGAUAAUGCUCAAUCGACCUGCUCAGUUAAACAGAUUUGUCUCCAUCGUAGCAUUACCCACGCAAGGAGCAAUUGUUUCUACAGGACGACUUUGCCGAGUUUCUGGCUGGGGAGUCACCAGUGUAAUUGGGGGAAGUGUGUCAGAUAAACUGCGAGAUGUUCAGGUACCUGUUGUAGACAUGGCCUCAUGUAACAGUUCUAACUCCUACCAUGGGUAUCUCACCUCAAGUAUGAUGUGUGCUGGCUACAGUUACGGUGCUAAAGAUGCCUGCCAGGGUGACUCUGGAGGCCCACUGAUCUGUGAAGGUCGCCUAUAUGGUGUUGUCUCCUGGGGGAACAGCUGUGGUGAUCCUAGGUAUCCAGGUGUUUACACUUCUGUGGCUGUAUUCAGGAACUGGAUUGACAAUAUAAUGUCUUCACAAUAAGAUGAAUGUUGUCUGCACUGAUACUCAUUACUGAAAACUUUUUGUAUAGUAUACAAUGUUAAUAAAUAAUUCAAAUUACUUUUAUAAAUAUGGCAGUGUUGUUACUGUGCAUAUAGCAGCAUUUGCAAGGAUUAAAAUAACAUUGUGUUCAUUACUGGAUUGUCAAGUUGUAAAAAAUAUUAAAAAAAAAGAAUUAAAUCUAAUUUAAAAAAAACA